AUGCCCGACGGUGCACCUAAUAGCAACCGGAGUACAUUUCUCUGGACGGUGAAAAGCCCAGACAACGUUUCCAGAGGAUUUCUAUUCGGAACUAUUCAUGUGCCAUACACGGAAGUGUGGGAUCGCGUCUCGGAUCGGGUCCGUGAGGCGUUCUCCUAUUCCGACACAGUGCUAUUAGAAAUUGAUCUGCGUAAUGAAGAAACGGUCAGACGACUUAUAAAAUGCAGGAAUCUCAAGCGGAAACAAACGACUGCCAGCUAUCUGCAUCCCAAGCUUCAUCAACGUAUCAAAGACUUCAUGGAAAAAUUUCGGAGCAGUCUGCUUAACUGUGUUCAAAAACAAGACGAGCAACGACCUGAUUCCUACAAAGUGGCCGAAGAUCUGUAUGAAAGCAUAGCUGGAAGUUGGGAUCGGAAGCGUCCAGAAUGGCUACUGUUUGCUCUCUACCAGUUAUGCGAGAACAUCCUUAACCGACCCGCCACACCUAUGCUCGACGUAUUCCUCGCUAACAAAGCAUACGAAGAAGAUAAACAGAUACACGCUAUCGAAACAGCACAGGAGCAAUGCAAUCCUGUCGCUUCACUCAGCCAAGAUGAGAUCAUUUUCGCCAUCAACUACACUGUGCACUACCUGGAGUACCUUCAUCAUACUAAAAAAUUGUUCCAAAUCAACAAUCGUCGCUCACUAUCAGCACUUGUAAAGGACUACAGAUGCGGGAACCUCGAUGAUCGUUAUUUCGAAAUCAACGAAUAUUCGAUCAAUGGCUUUCACAUGGAUGAAGUGGAGAAGCUACGUGCACAAAAAAUUCAACGGCACUUGCGUGAAGACAUAAUCGCCAAGAGAAACGAACGGAUGGCAUACCGUCUGCAUCGACUGCUUUCUGCUAACCCUCAUAUUACAAUAUUCUCUGCCAUUGGUACGGGGCACUUCUUCGGAAACGGAAGCAUACUUCAUCACUUACGCCACAUAGGGUACAUAAUUCACAGUGUCAAAGAAAACGAUGUCAUAGAUCCUCCGCUGAACUAUGGCAAGGCAAUCAGAUUCAACUCGCUGUGGUUACGUGAUCAUCCCUUCGUAUCAAAUGUGUCCAUCGAAAUUAUUGAACUCAACUCAUCGCCCGGUCUCUUACCUAACUUCCUUCUUUCCUUGACUUUGAUGUACUUCGCUGGGUUUACUUGUCUUUUGGCUGUUGACAUCUCAUAG